AUGGUGCGAGAAGUAGGGAACUUACAAACGCAAUCGUCCACCAUGCGUAUCCUCACCAAUCAAUGCAGCAACAACAGCACCGGAAGCACCAGCAGUACCAGCUCGGAGGGCUCGCACAAGCAACCCGCCGCUGACCGAUGGAUGGGUUACGUUCUCACCAUAGUCGCUGUAGUCAGCUACGUGACGGCCGGCUUGAUGUUGGGCUGGAGCAAUGGGGCGUUCCAGCGCUUCAGCUCCGACACCCGGCUGCAGCAUCUGUCGGAGGGCUGGCGGUUCUCCCUGGCCGCCACACCAGCCCUGCUGAUAGCGGUGAUAGCGCUAGCGAUGCAUCGGUUCUACUACUGGAUAGGCACCAAGGCGUUCCUACUGACCGGGUCUCUGUUGGCGGUCGGCUCAAUGUGCCUGGAGGCGUUCGCCCGAUCGUUCUGGUGGCUUAGUGCCGCCCGCAUCCUGGCUGGCAUCUCGACGGGCCUCACCUUCACGCUGGUGCCGCCGUACGUAGAAGAGUUCGGUAUCGUUAAGCAGACGCUCAUGAGCGAUCUUUUGUCCGCCAGCUUCCCCAUCGGAGUUCUGAUACGCUUUGCCGCCGAUUGGCUACUGCCGGUGGAGUUCAGCACGUGGGCAUCACUCUGCUGGGCCGUGCUUCCCGCCUGCUGCUUCGUGGGAAUGUUGCUGUUGCCCGAGUCGGCUCGCUUCCUGUGCGCAACCGAUCGGCUGUCGGAAGCAGCGUCCGUCCUACAGCGCACGAAUGCGCUUCAGCCCGGUGACCUGCAGCAGGACGCGUUCCUCCAGUCCACCCUUUCGCGCUGGCAGCAACCCAACCCGGGCCUGCUGGAAGCUGUGCGCAAUCAGGGUAACCUGACCCAGCUCGUGCCGCUGCUCGCGCUGUUCACCUUCCAGGCGUUCGUCGGUGUCCUACCGAUGCUGUUCUACCUGACCAACCUGCUCGAGCUGGCUGGCAGCGACCGUCCGUCCCUGCAGACCGUCACCCUCAUGGCCGUCUUCGUCUGCACCUCGGUGUUCACCCGCAAAGUGGUCCGAUGUCCGCAUCUGCACCGUCCACUGCUCGCCACCAGCUCGCUGCUGAUAGCCGUUGCCAUGUUCACGCUCGGCUGGCACAUCCACCUGCUGCGUAUCCGCACGUCGACCCUCGAACCCGGCCAGCAGGACUGGUCACUGCCUUCCUUCGCCCUCGUGUUCGCCGCCUACGCCCUCGGCUUCCAUCGGCAGCCGCAGCUGCUGCUACAGUCCGAGGUGCGCGAGGAGAACCUCUUCGGCCUGCGCACUCUAGCCGUCGCCAUCUGCUGGGCCUCGGUCUAUAUCGCCGUCCGGUUGCUUCCCUUCCUGCUGCGCACCAUCGGUGCCGGCUGGCUGCUCUGGAACACGAGCCUGGUAGCGCUCUUUGCCGCCCUGUUCGUGUACGUCGCCGUGCCCCGCUCGGACGGGUUCGCGCACAAAACGCUCCCCCCCGCCAUACGCUGUUCCUCGACCAGCUCCUCCUCCUCCUCGACGUCGGCGACGCCUUCCAAGAAAACCAGUUGGACCGCGGUGCAGAUUACUCCCGACCAUUUCCCAUCCGCUCCCCAGGGACCGGUGGAGACGGUCUGA